AAGACUUUGAGGAUUUAGUUGAGUGUUGUUUAUGUUCCCUGUUAAGUGGAAGGAACUAAUUGCUCCAUACUACAAAUAACUCUUUCACUUCUCCUUUCUCCCAAGCAACAGUUUUUUCGUCCAAUUAUUGUGAUUUCCCUUUUGACGAGCUCAGCAUUGGUGCUUCUUCCUGUGGUCGGUGUGUGUCCUACGCACUCUCAUACUGUAUGACUGGCAGCUGAACAAGGAGAAAGCGCAGGAACAUGUCGGGCUCUAACUUCGAUGGAGGUUUAAACAAACUGAUUUGUGAAGAUGAUUUGCAGAACGAGGAGAAUCCUCCUGACGCGGACUCGAACCCAAGCAAGCGAGAAGUCUUCAUGCCCACGCUGACAGCUGAGCGGCUGCUUGUCGUCAGCCUGGCGGCGCUUGCUGCCGUCCUCCUCAUCAUUGACAUCAGCCUGGGGGCCCACUACAAAAAACUCACAGCGCGCCGCCUCCCAGCGGAGGACAUUGAACACAUCAAGGAGGAGAUGCUCAAGGUCCAGAACUCAUCCAAGGCUGCGAUCGACACCGUGGCGGCAGCUCAGAGUCAGAUAAACACCGAGUUGAGUCGUCAGAAGGAGACCAACUGGGAGUUUGAGCACCAGAAUAAGAGAGAGACUGAGUACAAGGCGCAGAUUGAGAAGCUAACGAAGGUCAUCACAUCCAUGAGGACGCAUUUACCGAUGCUCCGUGACGGCUGCAAACACUGUCCAGUAGGAUGGAUCCUGUUGAACUCAGUGUGUUAUUACUUCUCUUUUCUGGACAUGGAUGGUUUAAAAACCUGGCAAAAAGCCAGAGAGUUCUGUCAGAUGUAUGGAGGGGACCUCGCCAUCAUAGACAGCAAGGACAAAGAGAAUGCAACUGUAAGACACUUGAUAAAUAACCAGCACGUAUCAAAGACUUCUUUGGCUUCUGGCUUCUGGAUUGGACUGAGAGAUUUAGAAGAGGAGGGGACUUGGAAAUGGUUGGAUGGAAAAGAUCUGGUUGAAGGGUACUGGAACGACGGCGAGCCAAACGACUUGGGCGGCGAGGACUGCGGCAUGAUUUAUGCCAACGAGAACUUCUUCAAAGCGUGGAACGACGCCAGAUGCAGCUCCUCCAUGAAGUGGAUUUGUGAAAAAGCACCGACUCCGUGAGGCCACGUUCACAAAUGAAUAAAAAUAGGAACAUGAAAUGAAUUUAACACAGUCAAUUGAGUCUGAUUGUCAUAUCUUACACUGUAAACAAUGUUUGUUGCCAUAUACAGUAAAUAAACUGUAUAAAUAAAAUGAUCUGUGUAGGCAUUCACAUAAAAUAAAGUAAUUGUCAUGAAUGCA